AUGACAUCCACCGAAUCUGCGCUCCCAGCGCACCUCGACCCAAAAACCUACCCACGCACCCACCACAUUGCAGCCCAAAACAUCCACAUCACACUAACCUACGACACCCUCGACGCAAACACCUAUCUAUCCCAAACGUCCUCGCCAGCCGCCGGCGCAAACGUCCUCUUCCUCGGCACAACGCGCGAUACCUUUGAAGGCCGCUCCGUCUCGCAGCUCAGCUACACAGCCUACCCGCCUCUGGCGCUGAAGACGCUGGCGAGGAUCGCGGAGGCUGCUGUGAAGACGCACCAGCUUGAGGGUGUGAGUAUUGCGCACAGGCUGGGUACUGUGCCGAUUGGAGAAGCUUCGAUUGUUAUCGCGGUUAGUGCGGGACAUCGGGGCGCGGCGUGGAGGGCUGGGGAGGAGGUUUUGGAGGCAUGUAAGGAGAAGGCGGAGAUUUGGAAGAGGGAGGAAUUUGUUGAUGGGGGGAUGGAGUGGAGGGCUAAUGCGGAUCGGGAUGCUGAAGGGAAGGCUUUGGGGACUGAUGCGGUCUAG